AUAUCGUAAAAUAUUGAAUAAGAGUGUUUACUUUAGUUCAAUAAAUCAGAUUUACAGAGUUUUCUUGGCGUCCUUAAAUGGAUCCUACCAGCCGGCCAGAAAUAACGCUAAUUAGCGGCUAAAAGUCUUUAUUCUUUUGUUUUUCUACAAUAUCAAAAUAUCCCAAAAUGAGGAAAUUCGUUGCAGUUUCAUUGUUCUUAUGUUGCGCCUCUUUCUCAGAGGAACAAACGUUAGAAAACCCGGAGAACGAGGAGCUUCAAAUACAAUGCGAAGAAAAUAAGAUGAAAAUAACUGUUCAGAGGGAAUUCUUCUGGAAAACAAACACUCCGUUCAGACCGGAGCUCAUUCGGCUCGGACAAAACUCAACCUGUGGACCAGAGAGGCCCGGAACCGACACCGAGAUGGUUCUGUCUGCGGGGCUGCAGGAAUGCGGGACCGAGUCCAGGGUUUACGGGGAAUGGCUCUUGUACUCCAAUCAGCUGCUGCUUUUCCCAGCUGUUCUCCCCACCGCCACCGGCAGCGUGAUCGUCCGCGGCGUGACCACCGUCAUACCUGUGGAGUGCUACUAUGAAAGGAAGCAGAAAGUUAAAGGAGAGCCGCUGAUGCCGACCUGGAUACCGAUGACGUCCACCAUCCGCGGCUUCGGCCUCCUGCACUUCUCCCUUCGCAUCAUGGCAGAUGAAUGCACCUCCACGCGCAGUUCCUCUGUCUUCCAGCAGGGGGAAGCAGUGUUUCUGGAGGCCACUGUGGAUUCGCCGCUGCACCCUCCCCUCACUCUGUAUGUGGACCAGUGCGCCGCCACCAUGAAGCCUGACCCGGUCUCUGAGCCCAAAUACAGCUUCAUCACCAAACACGGAUGUCUCAUGGACAGUGUUCUGCCAGGAUCUACUUCUAGAUUCCUGCCCAGGAAGCAGGAGAACCGGCUGUGCUUCAGCAUCCAGGCUUUCCAGUUCAGUAAGACACCUGUGGACCAGAUGUUUAUCAGCUGCCACCUCAAAGCCACCCUGAAGCAGAGCUCCCACAGCCACCUGGAUAAAGCCUGCUUCUUCCACAGACCCACCUUCAGCUGGCGAGCCACCGACGGGAACAGCGCCGUGUGUGAAUGCUGCCACUCGGACUGCCUGAGUCUGGAUGAAGAGGAGAACCGCGGGGACUCCACGUCAUUACAGAUAGGACUGUUUGCAUUGCUGUUGAUUGUGUUGGAGUGGACCUGCCCAGGGCUACUAUCCCCAGUACGGCCAAUCUGUGACCCUAGGGUCCUGAAACAUUUCAUCCAGGAAGCACAAGACGCAGAAGUCGCUAUGAGGUCAUGCAGAGAAGGAUGUGGCCUGUCACAAACUGUCUCUGUUCCCCAAACCACAGUCAACUACGAUGACUGGGAGAAGAAAGAUGGACUGGAGAAAGCUCAGGAAGUGCAGACCGGCUUGUGGCUGUUACAGCAGGCCCUCGACUUACUCGGACCAUCGGUCACCAACACGGCGCUGAACAACCACAUAGACAACACCGUCAGAAACCUGGUCAGCAUCAACGCUGUGCUGCAUAGCCUCAAUUUUCAGGAAUACACACCUCCGACAAAUGUGACGAGUCUGGACGGCACAUGGAGGGUGUCCUCAGCAACGGAACUACUUCAAGUGCACGUGAACUUCCUGCGAGGAAAAGUGGGGCUUCUUCUCUCGGGCGCCCCGGCGUGUCAGCACAAUGUCAGCUGAUAACCCCCCGUCACAGCACCCAGCUACAGCAGUUUGUGUUUCCAGAAGCACGUGGAGGAAUGUGACAUGCUGGUCGCUGUGCGGGAAAGACCGCAGACUGCAGUCCUGAUGCAGAGGACGGUCCAGCAGGGCUUUUGGACAAACGGGACCUUGGAAUGUAGAUGCGACUCGUGUUUGAAGCACGCCCUGACCAAAAAACCAUGCGGGAAUCGCCGCGCCAAAAGCUGUUCUAUGGGCACUCCCUUGCACUUUGCGUAUGGAUGUACUUUUUUGUGUUUGUAAUGAGGCUGGUAAUUGCAGUGAGUUUGACCCCUGCUCUUUCCUCUGUGGAGGUGGACAGUGGAACACUCAGAAGAUAUUGAUCGCACCUGGAAAUUGGUGACGUUGGUCCAAAAAAAAAGGAAAAAAAAAAAAAAGUUUUUUAUCCCCACGUGCCUUUUUCCAGUCCAAUGUAAUCUCACAGAAAUGAUCAGGAAAUAUUUUUUAAGUCGUGUAAAAAGUAUUUAUACAGUUUUUAUAUGUUUAAGAUCUUUUUCACAUUCUGCUGAACAUUUGCACACAAAGAUGUUCUCAUCAGUCGCUGCUUUUUUUUUUUUUUUUAGGAAGAUCUUGUGCGUCAGAACUGCUGAGUCACACCUCAUGUGACUCAGCAGUUCAGUCGGAGCGUGAGAGUCCCCGCGGAGGCUUAACACGACAACUGUGAAACCGUUAUCUGUUUUUUAAAUUUCUGCCAGACCAACGUCGGCGAAUUGCACAGUGAAACAUCCUGUGCAGUUUAAUCGCAGCUUUCCAGAAUCAGACGCCGCCGUCUAGUGACGGCGGGCAAUCAGCUGAUCCUGGGAACUUAAGCUUAGAUGUUGAAAAAGGGACACUCAGAGAUGGAACUCUAGUUGAAGGGUCUUCCUUGUUUCUUCCUUGUUUUUAUACUUUGCUGCGUAAGUCGGAGAUGUUUUUUGAGGAUGUUUUCCCCCUUUUCUUUCCUGUUUUUUUUUUGUAACGUCAUUGUAAAACUCUAUUUAAGUUCAAAAACAAAAACUUGUUUUUCUUCUGUCAUUUUUUAAGACUCAAGGCUGAUUUUUCCUGGUCUGACAUGAGUAUAGUUAUCUGAAUGUUUUAACGCAGAUGUUGUAUUUAAAGAAAAAAAAAACAUACAUUUGAAGAUAAAACAAUGUUUUAAACUGAGAUGUGAUUGGAAAGCCUGUGUAGCUAAAUACUGACAUCUAAUGGACAUCCAUAGGUAUGACAGUCGUUUGAAAAGUUAUUUCUCCUUUUAUUUUUUCUGAGUUUGUAUCGUACAUGCAGGCUUAAAGGCUUUUUUAAAUAAAUAAAUGUGGCACAUGUUCACAUAUACACAUAUACAUCGCAAAAGUUUCACUUGAUGAACUUUAUGAUAUCAAAACAAAACAACAAUAGGAAGUUGGAGCUCUUUCUUUGAACUUCAAAAUAAAGGUCCAUAAGUGACUUUUUAUUGUAUUAUCAGCACAAACAGACGCCGGGGGCUGUAACGUCUGCUGGGACGGGGCGGGUUUCUAUUCACUGAGUUUCA